CUCCCGAGAGUUACAGUGUACACGUUACAAUGAGUUACAAUGUACUCUGAAUAAUCAUAAUGAUAUUUACUGAAUUAUUAUAUGGAAACUGAGUAAUUCUCACGGGGUUACAGGCUCAGGCUGAUGAAGAGAUAGAGGUCAUCCAAGAGCCAUGAUCUAUGAGAUAACUGAAAAAGUACGUCAUUGCUACUUGAUCAAGGCAUUGUUGCACCGUCAAGCGACUUUACUCGAUUAAGCUUUGGUCCAUGACCUGGUCUGGGGUAGUGUGCAUUGACUUCGGGCCUACUGUGAGUGAAUGAGGCAUGGAUGUUGCCAGUGACAAUCCCUUUGAAGGACUCAAGAUAGACUCCCAUGAUCCUUUGCGUAAAGCUACCAAGAGAACACCAUGCCCAGAAUGCAGUGCUUCUAGGAAAUAUUUCUGUUACAAGUGUUAUAUUCCAAUGCCAGAGAUUGCUGGGAAAUUCCAAACAGUCAAGCUUCCUCUGAAAGUUGACAUCAUUAAGCACAAGCAAGAGGUUGAUGGGAAGAGUACUGCACCACAUGCCAAGAUCCUAGCCCCCGACCUCGUGACCAUCUACACUUACCCAACUAUUCCACCAUAUGAGAACAAGGAAAAGUUGCUCCUUGUGUUUCCGUACAAAGAUGCUAUUGCACUGGAGCAGCUGAUGAAACACAGAACAUCAGCCAAUGAGAACAGUGAUGCAAUGAAAGAACAACCUCAGAUACACUCCAAUGGAAUCCAGGAAGGAAACAUUAUACAUUGUUCCCAGUUAGAACCGAGUGUGACUAAACCAAGUUCUUGCAGUUCCGUUAUCAGAUUGGAUAUGGAUCCACAAGGAUCGGCUUAUUUGCAGUCAUCUGACCAAGAGAAUGCACCCCACAACUGCCACCAAAAAUGCCAGAGAACCUUUAGUGAAACUCUAGGUGAAGGUGCAACUGGGCCAGAUGAAGCCCAUCAUGGUGCCAAAGUUGAGUCUGAGGAAGGCCUGUUUGAGCGAGUGAUUUUCAUCGACAGUACUUGGGCACAGAGUCAUGCAAUAAGUAUAGAUGAAAGACUAGCAGGAAUCAAACGUGUCAUUUUGAAAGACAGGGAAACAGCGUUUUGGAGAAAGCAGCAUCGCAAGCCACGAACCUACUUAGCUACCAUAGAAGCGAUCUAUUACUUCAUGGUUGACUAUCAUACGAUUAUCUUGAGGAAGCUUUACAGGGGUCAGUAUGAUAACCUGCUAUUCUUCUAUAGCUUUAUGUAUCAUCUUGUCAAGAAAGCUGCCAAGGAGGAAGAAAGUCAAGAAGAAAUCCAUCCAGUAGGGUUUUCCUAGACAAUUCAAAUCAAAGUGGCCCACUUGCAAUUACAUGUAUUUGUAACCGCGUCAGGCUUUUUAGCCACAACUGCUUCCCCACUGGUGAAAAAGUAAAUGAAAAAUAAUUUUUUUAUUUUACCAUUAUUUUUGCGGGAAGUUUCCACAUACCCAGGUGCAAUGACUUAACUCCUGAAAUCACAUUAGGCAUGCAGUGCUGCCACACUGGUUUACGUCUAAAACACUAGACCUCCCCAUGACAACAUGGCCAUGUACAAUGUGUGUAGGUAGGAAGACAAAUGUGAGAAAUGUCACAGUCAUUACUUGACAUGGAUUGAAAGUGGCAAAAUGUUAAUGAAGAUUUUAGGAAUUAGGUUGCUAAACUUGUUGGCUUUCUAUGCAUUUUUAAAAUGUCCACAAAGUAUUAAUUAGAAGACCAAAUUCUAGUGUUUUCAGUAGUGAUUUGUCCAUGACGUCACCGUGUAUGCACACUGGUGUUCACUGGAUAUUUACCAUCAUUAAUUCAUCACCAACCCAGGGAAACCCUGAAGGCAGAAUGUUUAUAGUAAUAAAUGUACCUGAUCGAAGAAACCCACAAAGGGACUUUUGUUCAAGUGUAACCUGACCUGUGUGAUUAUAAAAUCCCAAUUAAAUCCAACAUGUGCCAUCCUCCGUAUGCCAAAUUAUUUCACAACUCUAUGAAAAAUCAGAGCUGAUGGCAAAGUUCUUUCCUUGUUUGUUACUUUAAUGUGUGGUAGAGGUGUAAGCAUUUAAACCUUUCAAGGGUCAGUUUUUUGAAUGUCAAAUUCAUGUUCAGUGUUUUUCUAAUUUCCUUUGGCCAUAAUAAAUCUGAUAUAAAGAAGUUCACCCCUUGA